AUGGGUUGCUCAGGCCGAGUCAAGGCCGACGAUAUCAGACCCGAACAGAAAUGGGAUUUCAUUGCAAGCAACCUUGUGCUAACGACUGAUUGGCAGAGUCUCAAUGAUUUCAAGACCACCGGCUGCUUCACGCCCUUUGCGUACGGAUACCUCUGGGUAUCGCUGCUCAUCUCCCUGGCCGUCUACGCCAUUGAUACCUUCACCGCCGUGAAUCUGCUCGCCUUCAACAAGUGGUCCGGUGAGAUCCAGCCAAAGAUCGAUUUCGACAUCUCCAAAUGGAUCUUCUCCGCCUGUAUCAUAGCCUCAUGGGUCAAUCUCGGCUUCGAGUAUGUUCGAGCCUUGCGCGUGGUUAAGAGGGGCGCCGUCGCUGAGAGUUUCUUGGAUACCUUGGCCGUGCGGAUACAAGCCGUCCGCCUGGGAAAGGAUAGGGGAUACAAGCGCUUCUUGGUCUUCGCCGAGUUGACCAAGAGUAAGAAGGGCGCCGAGUAUGUCGCUCUAUUCACCUAUUUCUCUUUCCAAUCUUGGAUCCGGAUCAUCUUCUGUCAAGGGCCGCGGCAAGUCGUCAAUGCCGUGACCCUGUACGCUGUGUUUGAAGCAAAAUUUGAAACCAAGAACGACGUCGGCUCCACCCUGCUCACUUUCUUCAAAAACAUUGGGCAUCUCGCGGAGCAGAGCCAUCAGCAGGCGGUUGUCCUUUCCGGAAUGGUCUUUACCCUUGUUGUCUGGGUUUUUGGCGCCCUCUCCCUCCUGCUCGCCCUUCUCUUCUACGUCUUCUUCCUCUGGCACUACAUCCCCAACCGGGAUGGCGGCUUAUCAGGCUACUGUGAGCGGAAGGUUGAGAAGCGUCUGUCCAGAAUCGUCUCCGCCAAGGUCAACAAGGCAAUCGAGGAAGAGGAGCGCAAGCGGCUGAAGGCGGAUGUCAAGGCAGCCAAAAAGGGUGAGAAGCCACAGUUCGGCCGCCAAGCGACCUUGCCGACUCUCUUCGAUCCCAAAUCAGACGACAAGCUCCCACAGAUGCCAAUGCUGAAUCGCAAUGAUACGAUGGCAACGUUACCUGUGUACAGCUCUCGUCCAGGCACGCCGAGUGGUCAACCUACGCUUCCAGCGUUCGAGCUCGACCAGCUGGAUCAGAAACGCCCCUCACCCACACGAAUUAUGACCGGCUCGUCCAACGCAAGCUAUGCAUCCAACGCCCCAUUGGUGGGAAAUGCGUCCGAGAUGGGGUACGGCCGAUCUGCUUCCCCCGCUCCAAGCUUGCGCACUGUACCUCAGCUAGGUACGAAUGGGUAUCCAGCUCAGCCGCAGCGAACGAUGACCUCGAGCUCGAACAAUAACAAUGGCCAAGGCAACCGUGGCCCACCUAGUGGGCCAUCGAUGAUGCCGAGUGCAUUUAGUGAUAGAGGCUACACCCAGAGCCCGGUUUCAUACACAGAAGGAAGAAAUACGCCGGCCGCAUCAUUAUCGAAUAGCCAAGGAAGCGUUGAUGGUUAUGGGCGUCCCAUGCCUCGGGCCGUAGGUGAGUUGCGGUCAAAUACGCCGCUUGGCCCUGCGCCGUCAAUGGGUCGACGGACCCCAUUUGAUCCCAAUGUUGCACCUGGCCGAUCAUCCCCGGCACCUGGAUCCAACUACGGCCGCAACUCUCCUGCACCAAAUCGUGAUAAUAUCGGCCCCACGAACGGCGGAUAUCAGUCAUUCAAUCCCGGCAUGCGGAGUGCGUCGACUGCUCCAGCAUCAAACUCAAUGCUUGGCCCUGGCCCUCCGCAGAGAAAUGCGACGGAUCCAAGUUCACGGGGACAUUCUGGAGAUGGGUACUACGGAAACUCCGGACCGCAGCGGCCCGGUACGGCUCAAAGCGGCCGGGGCAAUGUCGGAAACCAGAUCGCCCGGCUUGCGAGCCCUGCACCAUAUAAUAACGGUGGUAGUCCUGGCCCGUCGCCAAUGGGAUUUAAUAGCCCAGGAUAUAGAAGAAGUUGA